AUGGAGAGCGGUGCGGCGGCCUCCUCCUACCCGCUGCACAGCUGGCACCCGCACGUGUACGCCCAGCCGCCCAAGAGCCCCACGCCGCACUCGAUCGCGCACAUCCUGGGAAUACGCGACGACACCCGGAACAGCGACCAGCCACUGAACUUGUCGUGUCCGGGACGCACGACGUCGUCGCCCGGCCUGGCCGCCUCGCCGAGGGCCUCGUCGGCACACGACGCCAAGACAUCGCCGCUGCCCGCACUCGGGACGCCCAGUCUGCCGCACGCCGAUGCCCAGCUGGCUCUGCCGAAAGGCGUGCAGCGGCCAGUGCCGGUGCCAAAGGGCGCCAAGCGAAAGAAGGAGCCCGGAGGCCGGGAGUCCGAGCAGCCGUCGGCGGCGGCGUCACCCACACCUGCCGUGACGAACCCGGGCGGCAGCCCCGGCGUCCCUUCCGGCGCCAGCCCCGGAGCCCCGCAGCCGCCGAACUCGGCGAACCGGGCGCGGCUCUCGGAGAGCCCCGUCAACGGCGGAGACAGCGGCGACAAAGCUGCCCGCAAGAAGAAGGCGCGCACCACGUUCACGGGACGACAGAUCUUCGAACUCGAGAGGCAAUUCGAGAUAAAGAAGUACCUGUCGUCCAGCGAGCGCGCGGAGAUGGCUAAGCUACUAAACGUCACCGAGACGCAGGUGAAGAUCUGGUUCCAAAACCGGCGCACGAAGUGGAAGAAGCAGGACGGCAUCUCCAAUGCCGAGGCGGCCGAGCUGAAGAUCGGCGAGAAGGCAGCCAAGGCUAAGGGCGCCGCAGCCGCUGCCAAGGUCUCGUCCAGUGAACAGCCACUAGGCCUGACCAAGGCAGCUGGCGGUGCCGGAAGCCCGCUGCUUCCAGCUGCCGGCAGCAACAGCUCGUCCGCGCUUAGCGUGAACCACCACAGCUUCUCUGGAACCAGCUCUGCCAAGCCGUCUCCGUGCGGCGUCAGUGAUCUCAGCAACCUUUCUUCUUCGGGCGACCGAACUGACGACAGCUCGCAGCACUACCCGCCCUCGUCCGACAUGGACAAGAUGGAGAAUGGCACCGCGGCCCUCAGCUCGGACGGUGUGGACGCCGCGUGCAGAGAGUCCUCCCCGAGUCUUAGCGCCGAGCAGCGGCCGUUCCGGGAAGCCACCGCCGAGCUGACGUCCCGAACGGGAGUGGCAUCCGCCGCCAAGCAGCACGGCGAUGGCUUCGGCAUCGUCCCCAGCCCAAGGUCGGCGACAGUGUUGGUUUGUGACGAAACGGACAAGUUUCAGGACAGCGGGCAGGUGGAACAGUGACCCGCGAGCCGAGACUAGAGCUUGCUUAUUCGGGGUGCUCGCUCUGGCUGAUUGCCUUCUCCACCCGUGGUGCACUCGCUCGUCGGGUCCCCGCCAGGAUUGUCGCCUGUGACGACAAAGUGUAGGGUGACGCUGCACAUGGCGCUGGUGGCCACGUCUUCCCCGGAAGGUGAAAAUCCCGCGUUGCCGACCUCUGGCCAGGACAGCUCCGAAGGGCACCGCGGGAACGGGGAGAGACGAACUGUCUUCUAAUGCCAUGUGAGGGUAGAUGCGACGGAUGACGAGCCGGUACCGUUGCAACCUGGAAUGGGAGUCGAGAUGAUGACGCUUUCAACAACCACAGUGAUCGCGAUCGGCCCUGGCGCAUUUUUUUUCUUUCCACUUCAAAGGCUGAAGGAAGACAAUGUGCAAGAGUGUGCCAUUAACUACCAUGUUUCACAAGCUAUUUAUUUUUUAACAGAUCACCACGAGAGCAAAUGAUUCAGUUGGUUUAUUCUGCUUGAAGUCACCGCUCCUGCCACUGAUUAACGUCACAAGAAGUUGGCUCUAUAGCGAGAUAGCACGCUCACAUGGAUUAACAAACAGUUGUUGGCAACUAACUUUUCUUAAAAAGUUGGCAAAUAUAAAUUGCUUGCCAGUUACCGCCUUUGGCAAAUGGGAAAUGCGAGCCAUUUAACGCGACACGCUAAACAAUUAACUUCUCAACGUGCUCGACGCAUAUUUGACCUGCUUGUUUGAAGCAUUGUAUUAUCUUCUGUUUGGUAAGGUACGAAUUUCCGAAGCGAAGCAACUUAUUGAAAAUGCGACUGGGAAACGAUUACGUGUUGAAACAGCGGCGCCACACUAUUUCGAUGUGAAGAUGCCGUUUAAGGUUUGGAAAAAAUCUUUCCCUAUUUUUCAACACUCUUUUGUCAAUAUAUUGCUUUGUUUCGCUCAUAGUCUUACAGCGUACGGCACAUCAGUAUUGUCUGAUAUAGCGGCUGACGGCUUGGCAAUAUUCAGUACGACAGUGUAGCCAUGCAUAGGCGCACUCACUUGAACAUGCGAUAACUGAAGCACACCGGUCAUUGAAAUAUUCGCGAAUGCGAAAGCUUUGACAACCCGGUUUAAAUAACAUGUCGAAAGGAUCGGCCGAAGUGCCACAAAAUAGCGCUGUUUCGAGAGUUUAUUGUCUUGUAGCAAGGUCACCUAAAAUGUCGCGAGUAAGGUUGUUUUUUUUUCGUUGUCUUCGCUGUUUGCGCUGCUUCAUUCUAAAGUGAAAUGUGUAAUGACUUCUUCGCGCAUUAUCAAAACUACUUAGUUUUUUUAGCACAGCUCCGUUUUGAUUAAAAGAGCAUUAUUUUUAUCUGUAAGCUAACACAGCGUUAAGCGUUUUCUUUUUUGUAAAGUAACGCAGAUUUGAGAGUUCUGCUGUUGCUCAACUAAUUAGAAAUACAAAGGUGAUACAAAGAGAAAGAGAGCAUACUCAAUACAUCUUGGCAUUUUGGAGAGAACCGAGGGGUCAUGCAACAACGUCAUAAUGGUUCGUAUGUUCAAAUUUCAGCCUAUCGCGAACCUGGAGGUAUUUUUAGCGAAGGAGUCCAGGAAGUACAGUCGCCAAUUUAUGAUCCAAGACGAAUAAAUCAUCGGUAAAUUUAAGGGAACGACAGUGCUUCUUCAAGAUCAUUUCUUAUCUCGCUAUCGGUUGUUAAGUACUCGGCCUAAAUAGCCGUGAAAUGCACCAUUACCCGCAUAUAGCUAUUUCUAAGUGGAGUAUUGGGGCCAUCCUGUACUACCGAUGUGUAUACUUAUCUGAAAAAAAAUUAUAGAUUUCUUCGGCGUGAAUGAUAUCUGUAUUAGGCCUCACGGCCAACUUUUUAUUAGGGUUCAUUAAUUGGUAGAAGACCGGUCAUACUUUAUCCUUUUCAGCUCUAUUGAGCCACUCGUAAUCGUUUUAAAAGAUCAAGUUAUGCACUUUCCAUACGCGUAUUGAAGCUUAAUGACUUCGUUAAGUGCAAAUAUGAGCGAAACAAUGCAAAUUGUUGUCAAUCAUGCUUUCCAGUAAUUGUAACAUCAUUUAAUUUAUGUAACUUAAAUGAAAUAUGAGAUAGUUAGAGGCUGUGACUUGCAGAAGAUGCAUAUAAUCAGAACCAGCACUUUGUUUUGAGCCAUUGGUUGGGGGUCCUUGAUGCUAUAAGCUGCCGCAAACACGUCUGAUGACCAUUUAGGGGUCUUCAUUAUAGCGUUACACUCAACGUGCACGAAAUAAACGGACCUGCGUCAUAUGAACGAAGAUCUGUACCAUUGACACUUGCAUGAGAAAAUGGCGAUACCAAUACUCGGUGCCAUAUUCUUGAGCGUGGAAUAAUGUAGACAUGUCUUCUACAAAUACUGGACUGACGCAGGAAGUCUUGCACGUGACCCGCUGUUAAACGAGUUUUUAUAAAGCCGGUACUAUCUAACAAACGCCAAACUAGAGGUUGGGGUGAGCGCACCUUCCUGAACAACAUGUACUGCCUCUAGAAAGAGUUUCGGUUCUGUUUUGUGCGAGGGUUAGGGCAAGGGGUAAAACCGUCAACAGUUGACGACGCUGUCCGUUCCAAUAAAAUCACUUCCGUUAGUCAUACUCACAUAUAAUCACACUAUCAGCACUAUUGUAAGCAUGUUUUCGCCGACUUUGUACAGCGCUCGAGUCGAGAUCACUCGCGUUUCACCGUAUUGAGCGAUGAUGUCAUCAAUUAUUGCGUGAUUGUAUAAAGUGCGUUGAUUUUCUGCCUUCGAAAGCGGAAGCAAAAAACAUUCAGGCAGUGCGCUUUCUCCUUAGUUCUGAAGGGCUUUGGGUGUACGCAGAAAUACAUUCUUUCGGCAACAACUUAACGGGAAUACCUUAAAGAAAUGAACGCACUCACUUUCAAACGCUUUGCUUUGGCUUCUGCGUGGUUGACAGUUCCUUUAGUGACAGUUACAUGUAAAUCGUCAAUAGAUUUCGUCAUAAUCCUGCUUUAAAGGUCACAAAUGGAAUACUAGCAGCGCUGCAAAGUAUUCCAUUCGGUACGGAAAAUAGGCUGCUUCUCACUUAUGCCGGUUGAGUAAAAUGGCAUGGUUUAAGGAGAGCAUGAACAUUCUGCUUCUUUUCGGCACGUAGGAUAUCUGCAGUUAAUGUUCCACAAACGUAAGCGAGCGAGAUGCUGCGGUAAAAGCUAUGAUAGUAAUAAGAAAGUGUUAUCCUCGUUUCUAAAUAUUUUGGCCCAGCCGUGCACUUUACAUAUUAAGGAGGAACUGUUCAAGCUUGUAUGUAAUUACAUUUUCUCAUGUGCCCUUGCCUUUGAUUGCGAGGCAAGGCGCUUGGAGUCUCACAGGGUAUUUACACACGACUCAUGCUAUCUGCAGGGCAGGUGUUUGCGAAUGAUGUAACUAGCGCGUGAGAAACAACCUCACCGGGGGCAUGAAUCUCUCGAACACGAGAGAUUUACGGCGAGUCGCUGAACAGAGGCGGAAUAUAGUCUCAAGCUUAAUCAAGAUUUCAAUAUCGCUGUCAAGGAACCACGUUCUUGCUUACUUCCCUGUUAACUAACGAACCACUUUCUGCCUUCUUUUAACGCGCUUUAUUGAAAGUUUACUAGCCAUUUCUUAUUGGACAUGAAGAAUUAGUUUAAGCAGGCUAAGUUUAUCAUGUACUCAGAUUUUUCUCUCAAUGAGUAGCGGCUAAAUGUUUUGCGCUAUCCCUGUUCAUUUAUGACAGGACGUGACAAAAUACAACGUUGCGCUAAACGGUGAAUGGAAAAUACGAAGUUGAAGUUUCAUCUGGAAAUACUCGUAGCAUUGGCUGAUUGCUGAUAUAGCGGCCUCGGAGUUACUUGAAGCUCACCUGUUGCGUCGUGUGUGCGUGUUUAGAGUCAGCGUUGUCCGUAUAUUACUACUGGUUCCCAUGUCUCCUCAUAACGUCAUUUUAAACGGGUGACUCGUGUUAGCCGUCGCGCAAGUUGCACUCUCUUUGAGCCGCCAGGCAUCAGGCUGGCGCAGUUGGACAAAAGGUCGAAGUGCCGAGUGAGUGUUGUUUAGAGACAUUUACUGGGUCAGGCCUUCAUAUUAGCCAUCGAUGAUGUUUAAUUUUGUUUUGUAUUUCUAAAGAACAGUCGUCCUUGCCAUAUACUGCAUUCUUGAAUGUGUGUCGAGAAUCGCGUAUUUAUUUGCAGAUAUAACAGAUAUAUAUAUAAAUAUGUAAAUAUGUAGCACACGAUACGCGCUGGAAAAAGUACCGCGAUGAGUGUCGUUAGUCGAGCUUAUUUUUUUACUACUGGUGUGUAGAGAGAAAUUGCGGUCUGCUUGCUGGUGGCGACGUAACGUACUUGGUUCGUCUUGGUAACAUUCGGUUCGCAAAGAUUCAAAAUAUACGAAAGCCUGUUGUGUAUGAUAGGGGGCGUGAAAAGAAAGCGAAUUCUGAAAGCUUUGAGGAACUUCCCGCGAAGGAUGAUUCUGGACUUUCAGGAAACCACUCACGACGAAUGGAGUGAACAAACUUUCCUCGAGGGUAGAUGACACGGUCGCGAGCAGUUAGCCUGGCAUUAGCCAUUCAUUGUAUAUUGAGCUGAUUGUUCUAGCGAACCGCUCCAAACACAGAGCAAAUCAAGCCAAGCAGUCCAGCUAUCGCUGAUAUUGUGAUUUUUCUUGAAACGCUAGUGUUAACAGUGUGGAUCAGUGCCUGGUAAUGGAGCAGGCAAGAAGACGCAUACUGUGAAAUCGAAAAAUUGUUAUUCGCUUGAAAUUGGCAGGAAACAAUAAAACAAUGUCCACAUGACUUCAUCUAGGUUCCCGUAUUGUAGUGGUGCGAUAUGAAAUCGAUUGGCAACUCGAAAUGAAGGAACGUUUAAUAAGCUAAGUUCUGCAAGAAUCCCGCUUUACUCGCAUGUCUGCUAACAAAUCGACAAUUACCUGCAUUCAAAAAUAAAGUCUCUGGUCACAUAAAAAUAAUAUUACGAUGAGAGAAACCAUAAUAGCGCGUGCGUUUAAUCCGUAUAGUGUGCGCUUAAUAUUGCGUGAGUUAUGAAAUUCGUAUCAAUGCAAUAUCUUGCGGGAAGAUCACACAUCGUAGCAAAUACAGUUAUCCUAGCAAAGGUUGAACGAAGACAGUCGCCUACUGUUCGGUGCCUACCAGCAUUGAGCCUGAGUGGAACAUAAAACUUGGCCAGGCUUUCGUCCUCCGUUUGGCGCAUAUCUGGCAUGUUCGUAUGGUCAUGCGUGCCUCGCGGGAAAUAGAUGGAAAUAUAGGAAGCGAUUCAGCGCAUCCCGAUGAACCUCUUCGGCUGCAUCGUGCUAUCAGAUCACAAACGCGAACACAAUACAACGUGGACUAGAGAGAAUGUGCGAACAAGUUUCUGGGCACUCGUCCAUAGUAGCAAGAAUUGAUCCUGACGAAGAGUGUAUAUAGAAACGAAUAGCUAUUCAGUUGAUUGUUCGUGCGUCUGUAUUUCUCUCUCUCUCUUAUUUGAAGUCACUCAUGCCAUGCUACGUACCAUUUUUAAUUGUCGUUGAGAAUAUAUUUGUGUUAAGAGAGACUCGGUGAUUUAAGUUUUGUGCAUCUAGUAGAUACUCCAGUGUUCGUUUCUUUUUUUCGCUUGAUCUCGGUGAUACACCUUGCGAUUUAAUCGCGCCAAAUCCGGUUGUAAACUUUGUUCAUUGUGCAAUAUAUCAUAUUUUUGUCAUUUUUUUCUCACACAGCACUUUGCCAAUACUUUACGCAAUUACUGUUAUCAAGGCGCGUACCGGAAAUGCAUAGAAGAACCGAGAGUUGGGUGAGUUGGUAUUCCAUUGUGGAUGACAUUUUGCAAAAAAAAAAAAGGACAAGAAGGAAAAGAGCACAGACCUGCACCUUCUGAACUGCAUAUUCUGAAAUCAUUUCGUGCAAAAUAUUUUUCAUUGUCCUGGCUUGAAGAAUUUUCAAAAGGUAACAGAACAAUGAAGAUGAACAUAGCAGCACAAAGCUUCCUGAGAGAAAUUACGUUUGUUUCACUGAGGUUCUGUCUUCCUACAUAACUCUGAGCUGAAUGUCGGGAGUAUCAGAGAGCCCUAUAGGCUAACAAGUAGAAGAGUAACAAAACGUUGUGCGUGAUAAUGCAGUUCCUCUAAAGAAAGUGUACUGUCGCAUAUGUUAAAGCACCGUACCGUGUCAAAUAACCCUUCCACUUUGUUAAAAGAGAGAAUCACCGAUACGGCAGCUCUUCUAUUACCACCAAGCCACCAACACAUGAAACAAUAAUAUGGUGGCCAUGAUGACUUAUCGUUAACGCCCAAGAGCACAUCACUGAAAAGCGCCCAAAACUGCAGCAAAGUAGGUCAGUUUCAUGUGUACAAUCAGCUCUGAAAAAGUUUAAUGUGAUCGCUGAUACCCAUUAGAAGUUUCUCAGUUAAUUUAUUAGAGGUUCAAAGGGAAAAAAUAAAGUACUAGUGCUAUAUACCUGCGAGGUUCCUUGGUUGUUUUGUUUGUUUUUUAUGAUAAAAGUUAUUAAGUUUUGUUGGUGCCUGAACUUAAUGAAGUCAGCUUUUAUCAUGCGUACCUCGUCUUCGCUCAACUUUGACCGGUUGAGUGAUGGCAGCGGCUGUAGGUUCAAGAGUAGUUCGAAAGCUAAUACGCUGGUUCAAGUAAUAAGAAGGCACUAUGGUAAAACAAUACAGUAGCAGUUGGAAAGAGAGACACGCCAAUACAACAGUACAUGACUCUGCAACGGCACGAGGCGUACAUAAAAAUGAACAAUGCUUGGUACGUAAACACUGACCUAGUCAAAGGUUCACUAAUAUGAAUUGCACUGCUUGGUUUCGAAUACAAAUGCGUGCGCGCGUUUCUGUUAAAAAACUGUGUUUUCUUUCUAUUAUACUCCAUGUCUGCAUUUUCAGCAAGUAUCAUAUUUGUUUCCGAUUACUCACGAACCAGAGUUACCUGUAUUUACUCCGCCGUGUGGCGCUAACAAUCUGCUUUGUACUCAGAAUCUCGCGGGAAUCGUGGCGUCUCGUUGGGUGCUGAAACUGACUGCGUGCAAAGGAGCGGAAUGGCACCCUGAUGCGAUUGGAUUAAACUGUUCGUUUAACGCGAUGAUUCGCAGUCAGGCUACUACAGAGUUCUAGUCAUUGUGAGAGACGCCCUUGGCGUUCUCUUACGCCAAAGAAGCCAUGGUGUCUAGGGCGCUACCUCUGCUUCAUGGAAGGGCACCCAGUUUUGGCAAGUCCAGCGAAGCAUUCACUGUAGUGUUUUACUUGUGCAAUGAUCCCGUGUCUUUGCAUGCAGUCCAUACUUCAUAGUCUACGUCCUGCAGAUUGAUACUCUGGAGUAGUUUUGGCUACGCCAGAAGUCCAUUUAGACUUGUGAACACCGCGUCAACGUUGUUCCAUGCAGCACUUGAGUGUUGUUUCCUUUUAUUUUUCUUGUAUAAUUGUGCCAUUUUUCAUGGUGAGGAUUGCGAUGAAGUGCGAAGCGAGUGGCUUCUGCUGUCUCCGCGUGCGAAAUGCGCGGAGAUUUGUAAGUAGAGUGUGAAUGCGUAGAUAUAAAACUGCUGUUGAAAUGAA